GGAGGUCAGCCUCACCGUCACAGGCGCGCAAUUCUUCAAAGAUCGCUUUUCGAACAGCAGACGGCGCGACGAGAACGUGCCAGCAUGCUNNUCGAGGCAUCAACGGCUUUCAAGAUACCAUGCAACGCGACCGGUCUUUCUCAUGUAUACAACCUCUAUUUCGUUGCCUAUGUUGACAAUAUUUACGUUUAUGAGCCACAAUUUCCCUCUCAGAGUAUUGAGCAGGAACCGGCUCUGGUUGUACAUACAGAGCAAAAACCAAAAACUCCUGAAGAGCAGAGGCUUUAUGGACACUACGCAGGUCACGGCACGCGCGCCAUCAACAAAUUACUGGUACAAUUGCUAGGCAAUGAGGAAGUGGUUGCUGUCGUUAGAGAUGAUGGCGAUGUUGAGGCGUACUACACGCGGCACAUCUACAACGCCAUCGAGAAGCGAGCUUAUCAUGAUAGCACUCUGGGUAUCCUAUCUACCGACAUCAGGCCAUUUUUCCAAAGAAGCGUUGGAUUUAGUGCCUGGGGAUUGGCUAUACACAGUACGGCUCGCAUGAUCGCCGUGAGCGCCAACACACAUACUACCACAGUUUUUACCUUUGCCCUCACCGACGGUGUGUCAGAUGACGAGAAUGACUUUCCUGACGAAGACGAAGUCUACUAUUACGGAAUGAGCGGAGUGGUGCCGCCAAACGACAGGCGCAAGAACGAUGUACGUAUCCUGGCCCAUUCGGGAGGAAUAGAAAACUUGCCGGAUAUUGCUUUUUGCAAUACUGGCCACGAUCCUGCCGGUAGAUGGCUGUUGACUGCGGAUCUUCUGGGACAAGUCGCCGCGUGGGAUGUACACAGCCUACAGUUGAACCAGCUCGUCAAUACCGCCCUCAGUCCUCCUAUCUUUCGAAUACCCAAAGACAAUAUCGAUAGUCGCAAUGGAGUAUGGGGUCUGUUGUUUCUCGAUCCGCUUUCUUUUCGUACCACGACUACGAUAGAGGAAGCUUUGGGCGUUCCUUCAAGCCAGAUUGGUGUGGACUUGCAAAGAGAGAAGGACAAUGCCAUCUGGGAUCUAGGAAAGACAGUAGACUGUAUUGGUCAUGUCCGUCGUCCUUUCAAAGAUGUGGGAAAUCCGGUCGUGGUAAGGAACGGCAACUAUGCCCAUCCCUUGGAGCUAUCUCGGCAUGGACCCCCGGGUCUUNCGAUUAUAACUCCUGUUCGACGGGUCAAUGCCAACGUCGACAGAAGCAGCGAAGAGGAGGAGGUGGAAGAGGAAUCAGAAGAGAGCAACGACGAAGACCACCCCUGGGACAGCGACGACAGUUACGACGGAACUGGGUACGAUUCUGCCGAGGACACGCAUGUUGCCUUUCCGAGGCCAGAUGGGACCAUGUGGCAGAUUGCAAAGCCANAAGUAAGUUUACGUUCAUCUUGUACGCCAACUUUGCUGAUACGAUUCUUCAGACCUGGAGCUCGGUUCAGACGUGGUGAGAGCAUGUGUGGCGAUCUCCCCUGCCCCAUAUUACAGCUCUCCUUCAAGGACAUCUACCUCUAUCAGCCAGCACUAAGCAGUAAGGCCUGGGAUCACUUGCCCAUACCGUCUACACGACGUCUGUUCCAGCAAGAAGUGCCGGUCGCCUUCGAUUCUGGAUCAACAAAAUUUGGCCGGAUUAAUAUGUAUGCGCAAAUACCGAGUUUAGGGGUUGUCAUCAUCGCGACGCAACAAGGUCGAGUUGCCAUCUUAUCGCUCACACAGGCGAUUACGCGUAUGCUUGACUACGAAAAGGUCGAAAUCAACCAACCACUGCUUGAAAAACCGCGAAUGGAAAAACGCAUCUUCGGAUAUAGGGUAGACCAUAUUCUACCUUUGGCCAGUCAAGAGGAAGCCGGUCAUCGACCUAAAGCCGGAAUUCAUGGUAUCGCCGUGGGACCUGUCCAGGGAACCGAGCACCUCGAAGAUGGUCUGAAAAGGUGGCGUCUACUGGUCCAUUACCAAGACCUCUCCAUUCUGGCCUAUGAGAUUGGCAAGCCAAGCAGAGAUCAACUCGACUUGAGUCUGAUGGCCAUCUAA